UCUUCGUCUCUGAAGAGACACACAGACUGAAAAACAGACGAUCAGAUUCACCUUCAGACCAAACUAACAACUUCCUCUGAGUGAGUACAGCUACAGGAGAGAAAAGUGGAAAACUAGAACUCUGCUGCUUCAACCUGCUGACUCUCCACACACUGAAUCUUCACUCGGAGACAAAAUGUCUUCCAGAUCAGAGGAGGAUCUCUGCUGCCCGGUCUGUCAUGACGUCUUUAGAGAUCCUGUUGUUCUGUCAUGUAGCCACAGCUUCUGUAAAGACUGUCUGAAGAGCUGGUGGAGAGAGAAACCAACACAUGAGUGUCCAGUUUGUAAGAAAAGAUCUUCAACGGAAGAACCACCUUGUAACCUGGUGUUAAAGAACCUGUGUGAGUCCUUCUUACAGGACAGAGAUCAGAGAGCUUCAGAGGCUCUCUGCAGUCUGCACUCUGAGAAACUCAAACUCUUCUGUCUGGACCAUCAGCAGCCAGUGUGUCUCGUCUGCAGAGAUUCAGAACAACACACCAACCACAGAUUGAGACCCAUCAAUGAAGCUGCACGACAACACAAGAAGGAACUUGAGGAAACUCUGGAGCCCUUAAAGGAGAAGUUAAAGGUUUGUGAAGAAGUUAAAGUGAAGUUUGAUCAAACAGCAGAACACAUUAAGGUCCAGGCUCGACAUACAGAGAGGCAGAUUAAGAAGCAGUUUAAGAAGCUUCACCAGUUUCUAGAAGAGGAAGAGGAGGCCAGGAUGGCUGCUCUGAGGGAGGAAGAGGAGCAGAAGAGUCAGAUGAUGAAGGAGAAGAUGGAGGCUCUGAGCAGAGAGAUAGCAGCUCUUUCACACACAGUCAGAGCAACAGAGGAGGAGCUGAGAGCUGAAGACGUCUCAUUCCUGCACAACUACAAGGCUGCAGUGGAAAGAGUCCAGCGCUGCCUCCUGCUGGAUGAUCCACAGCUGCUCUCAGGAGCUCUGAUAGACCAGGCCAAACACCUGGGCAACCUGACCUUCAACAUCUGGAACAAGAUGAAGGAGAUGGUCUCCUACACUCCUGUCAUUCUGGAUCCAAACACUGUUUAUCCAGAACUCAUCCUGUCUGAAGAUCUGACCAGUGUGAGACGAGUAGCGCGACAGCAGCUUCCUGAUAAUCCAGAGAGGUUUAAUUAUUAUCUCUCUGUCCUGGGCUCUGAGGGCUUUAACUCAGGGACUCACAGCUGGGAUGUCGAGGUUGGAAACAGUACAUACUGGAUACUGGGUGUGUUAUCUGAGUCUGCCCAGAGGAAGGGAACCAUAGAGUCUGGAUUAUGGAGAAUAGGGUUCUAUAAUGGUGAAUACUUAGCAUGGUCACCAUCAGCUUCCUCCAUUUCUCUCUCAGUGAAGAAGAAGCUCCAGAGGAUCAGAGUGAAUCUGGACUGGAACAGAGGAAAUCUGUCGUUCUCUGAUCCUGAUACUAACACACACAUACACACCUUCAAACACACUUUCACUGACAGACUGUUUCCAUACAUUAACACUGUGAAUGAACUGAAGAUUUCCCCACUGAAGGUCUCUGUGACAGUGGAACAGAGCAGUUACAGACGAAGAGGAUGGUUCUUUUAAUUACUCUCAUUUAUUUCUUAAAGGGAAAAGUCGCUGAAUUUAACCUCUGAAGUUUCUGUUCUCCUGCAAAUUGCAAAGUUAAAAAACAUUACAUGUAAUGUAUUGUUUAAAUAAAUAUACUGUGUAUGAAACUCUAUGUGAAAUAAUUCAAAAUAUCUGCACAAUUUUACAUUUGAUGUGAUGAAGUCAAAAUAAUUCUGUCUGUGAAAGUGUUUUUAUUCAGUUUUCAUCUGUUGAAUUCUGUCAUUUAAUCAGAAUUUAUUAUCAUUUAUUUGGAAAUAAAAGAAAAGAAUAAAGAAAUUAAUUUUCAUUCAUCUUCAUUGUCUGCACUUGUUAAUGUGGUACUACGUUCUUCACCCAAUAUUUACAGUGUACAAUGUAGUACAAAGUCAAGAGGUUGUGAUAUGUAGCACAACAAGUUAG